AUGAAGCUUACAUAUUUUCUAGUAUAUGGCCUCAAAUGCUACGAGUGUGUCUCCACGAAGGGUUGGGAUGACUGUGCUGAGAUAAAAACAGAGAAAGAAUGUCCUUCCUUUGCCGACCGCUGUGGCAAAUACAAAGUUGAAGGAACAAGCGGGCAAAUGUCUGCCGCGGUGUUCGCCAAGGGAUGUGCAACUAAAAUCCAGUGCGACAAAGAUGACAAAUCAGAGCUUUGCAAGCUUUCUGGGCCAAAAGGUAAUGUCAACUGCAAAGUCGACUGCUGCCAGGGAAAUCUGUGUAAUGGAGCCAAAGUAUUAACCGUCAGCGGCAUCUCGCUCUUGGCAUGCACUCUUUUAACUUUCUCACGAUAA